CAUAGAUGCGACACCUCGCUCGAAAACCUUUAACUCUACACUCGUCUUUCUCCUCGCUCGCACUUUCUCUCGCUUUUACUUUCGCAUACGGACAUAGCAGCUAUGGAUAAGCGGUUCAAGAAGGUCUUCUCUUCUAUCAAGACGCGUGCUGAGGGUGUCAGCAGCGGCCAUGGAAGUAGCAGUAGUAGGAGCGGUGGAAUGUCGAUUACUGCGCCGCUGGCAAGCAGCGGGACACCUGAGGGCGAUCUACUGAAUGCCAUCCACCUCUUCGUCUCGACCGGUGGUCCGGACAACCCCAAGCCAGGCGAGGAAUUCCUGCAUCUCCCCGUGAUAGUCGACAACGCCGAAUCCUCACCCGCGGCGGCGGCGCAGGCCGCCACCGCCCUCCGCCAAUACCUCUCGGCGAAGAACUCGUCGCGGCCGUACAUCCACUACAACUCGAUCAUGCUUUUGCGAAUCCUGGCGCAAAACCCGGGGUACACGUUUACGCGGCACCUAGGCGAGGCGAAGUUCCUGGCCGCGAUCAAGGACCUGCUGCGCAACGGCCGCGACCCCAGCGUGUGGCAGAUCCUGGGGGAGACGCUGGACUACUUCUCGCAGGACCCGGGGCGGAUCGCCGACGAGGGCCUGCAGCCGCUGCGAGACCUGUGGCUGCGCGAGAAGGCGAAGCGCCCGCAGAUACAGCUGCAGACGCCGGCGGCGUCGCAGGCGCGCGGACAGUACCAACAGCAGCAGCCGCCGAUGAUACCGCCGCGACCUGGCUCCAACAACAACAACGCAUCCCCAUCCCGCCCGCAUCUCCCCUCGCCGACCGAGCUCGUCGCACGAAUCAGCGAGGCGAAUACCUCGGCCACGCUGCUCACGCAGCUGGUGCAGUCCACGCCGCAGGCCGAGAUCCCCGAUAACGCGCUGAUCCGCGAGUUCUCGGACCGCUGCAAGCUUGCCGCGAGGUCGAUGCAUGCGUACAUCGAGGCCGAGGAGCCGGCGCCGCCCGAUGCCGAUACCCUCACUACCCUGAUCGAGACUAAUGAUGUCAUCUCGAUUGCACUGGAGGGGCAUAGGAAGGCGGUUGCGGCGGCGCUGAGGGAGAGGGAACAGUUUGCUGCUGUCGGGAAUGCCAGGGUCGGCGAUGUCGGCGAGGUCCCCGUGGCGCCGGUUAUGCAUGGGGCUAGAGAUGUCAGGGAGAGGAGGGGUAGUAGUCCUGUCAGUCCGAUGACACCUCACACGCCGGAUCUACCGCCGGCUCAGCAGCAACAGGGAAGUGCUGGAGUUUUCAGGUUUUGAUCGGUGAGUGCGGCCGAGGGAGGUGGUACAUUUGAUCUUUUGGAGUGGAGCGCUUUUUUGGUUGUUAGCUUGUGCUUCUGGUUUUGGUUGUUAGCUUGUGCUUCUGGUUUUGGUUGUUCGGUGGAGCGGAAUUGAACGGGACUUGGUA